CCUGUCUCAAAAUGUCUGUACCAUCCUCAAUACGAGCUACGACUAAAACGUCCUUUUUAGGCUCAACUAUCAGGCUGUGCACGGUGUCCUCGCGUAGAUUGCUCGCAAAAUGACACCUGAGACAUGAAACCGGACUUCCCGGAGGGUAACUUGACACUUUCGUGCACAGCAACCCAGAGAUCGUGCUCGCUGAGCACCAUGGCUCCGAGGAACAGGACCGAAAAAAGUUCUGAUAGGCGCUCGUCACUCCCUAGCCUGGUGGAGUUGCGAUUCACCGUCCUGCCGCAACUCCUCAUGUGAUGAUUGACCGCGGCAGGUCGCUUUUGUCAAGAUUCAACAUUUAAGAGUCAACUUCGAUCAUGUUCCAGGCUCAUAUUGGGGCAGAGAAUGAGGAUCUGGACAUCGCCUCGCUCAUGCCGCAAAAUGAAUUCGCCUAUGUGAUACGGAAAUCGGGCAAGAUGCGUGGCCGUGCAAAGUAGGGUCCGCGCUGCGUUGGCCUUUGGGUGACACAGUACAUGCAGUGCCUCUGCCUCCGAAUCCAAUGGCUGUGAGGCACGGAGUCACGCUGCGUAUGCUCGCGGAGGGCGCGUGCAUUACGGGAUAAAAAGGGCGCGUCCGCCUUGUGCUGAUUCCUCUUGCCGCACCAUCAAACCCGCACUACUGAAGCCCAGGCAUUUAAUUCUGCAUCUACGCCCAAACUUGCGUUAACGCCUCUCACACAACCUCCACAAGUCUACGAUCCCCUCACUCCAAAUCACCAUGCGCACCUCUGUGCUCUUCGCCGCUGUGUUCGCUGGCGCUCUCGCUCAGGCAGCUGUUCUCCCCGCCCGUAGCUCUGACACCGAUGAUGCUUACCGCCGUGCCAUUAUCGACGACUGUGGUUACCGCCGUGCCAUCGAUACCGAUGAUGCAUACCGUCGUGCCGUCGACACCGACGAUAAAUAUCGUCGCGCGGUUGACACUAACGAUAGCGAUUGCUUCUACCGCCGCGCUGUGGACACUGACGACGCAUACCGCCGUGCUGUCGAUACCGAUGAUGCAUACCGUCGCGCCGUCGACACAGACGAUGCGUACCGUCGUGCGGUUGACACCGACGACGCCUACCGACGUGCUGUUGACACCGAUGAUGCGUACCGCCGUGAUGUGGAGCUUCCUCACGAUAUUGAUUACGCCUAUCGCCGUGACGCUGACUCGGACGAUGCUUACCGCCGCGCUGUGGACACUGACGACGCCUACCGUCGUAGUGACCCUCACGAAAUCGACUACGCCUACUAAAC